AUGCAGAGCCAUGUAGGGAGAGCUUCACAUCCAGAGUCUCCGGCUCGAUUGUCUGGAAUUUGGAGUUCGUGUAUUGAAGACAAUAAUUUUGACAAGUUGUGUACAGUUAUGGAAGGACGAAAAGCUACCAGAGAGGAGUUGGAAUGGACACAUGCAUCACAUCAUGUUGAUGCAAUUAUGGCCUCAAGGUUGGACAUGUUUAAUCAUACAACUGACGUAUUUGUGACUGAAGAGUCUGGAAACGCUGCCAGAUUGGCAUGUGGAGGCUUAAUUGAUCUCACUGAACAAGUGUUAAAAGGGGAGCUAGACAACGGCUUUGCUGUAAUUAGGCCACCAGGGCAUCAUUGCUAUUACGACAAAGCUUCUGGUUUUUGCAUCCUAAAUAAUGUGGCAGUAACAGCUAAUGCUGUUCUUAGAAGAGGUCUUGCAACAAGAAUUGUGAUCGUAGAUUGGGAUGUUCAUCAUGGAAAUGGUACUCAAGCAAUAUUUGAAGAACAGUUUCGGAGCAAGUUUGACAUACAGGAAAAGAGUAAUGAAAUUCCAGAUAUACUUUUCUUUUCUUUGCAUCAGACACGAAACAAUUUUUAUCCAAACACUGGCAAUUUGGAGCAAUUGAGCUAUGCUGGUGCGAAACGAUUUAUUGUCAACAUUCCUUUCGACGAAGUGUACGGCGAUCAGGAAAUGUUGAAUGCAUUCGAGCAGAUUGUAAUGCCAAUAGCAAAAAACUACAAUCCUGAUUUGGUGAUUGUGUCAGCAGGGUUUGAUGCAGUGAAAGGCGACAAACUCGGAGGUCAAUUAUGCUCUCCCCAACUAUUUGGUCAUCUUACAGCUUUGUUAAUGGAACUUGCCAAAGGAAAAGUUGUUUGUGCCUUAGAAGGGGGUUACAAAAUUGAGGAAACAGCAUCAUGUGUGAAAGAAUGUAUUUCAGUGCUAGUUGGACAGGAACCAAGUUCUUUGGUCUAUUUAGUAGAGCCUCCUUACUUGAAGGAAGAACAAAUUCAAAAACAUACGGACAUGUUGCAACGAGUGAAAUCAUUUUAUGCAGAACUAUUCAAAAGAACGGUCGAGUAG